GCCGGGCCCAUGGGCGGCGCGGCCGAGCGGGCGCCCUGAACGCGGCACGGGUCCCCGGUGCGCCCCGAGGAGGGCGGGAGCGAGGUCUGCUGCCAUGCGCUAGGGCGCUCGGGACGCGAGGCCACACCCUCCUCACUCCGGGGGUCAGCCUGCCCACUGCCCCACCAUGGCCGGGGACCGGCUCCCGAGGAAGGUGAUGGACGCCAGGAAGCUGGCCAGCCUGCUGCGGGGCGGGCCCGGGGGGCCCCUGGUCAUCGACAGCCGCUCCUUCGUGGAAUACAACAGUUGCCACGUGCUCAGCUCCGUGAACAUCUGCUGCUCCAAGCUGGUGAAGCGGCGGCUGCAGCAGGGCAAGGUGACGAUCGCCGAGCUCAUCCAGCCGGCCGUGCGCAGCCAGGUAGAGGCCGCGGAGCCGCAGGACGUGGUGGUCUAUGACCAGAGCACGCGGGACGCCAGUGUGCUGGCCGCCGACAGCUUCCUCUCCAUCCUGCUCAGCAAGCUGGACGGCUGCUUCGACAGCGUGGCCAUCCUCACAGGGGGCUUUGCCACCUUCUCCUCCUGCUUCCCCGGCCUCUGUGAGGGCAAGCCCGCUGCCCUGCUGCCCAUGAGCCUCUCGCAGCCCUGCCUGCCUGUGCCCAGCGUGGGCCUCACCCGCAUCUUGCCUCACCUCUACCUGGGCUCCCAGAAGGAUGUCCUCAACAAGGACCUGAUGACCCAAAACGGCAUAAGCUACGUGCUGAACGCCAGCAACUCCUGCCCCAAGCCCGACUUCAUCUGCGAGAGCCGCUUCAUGCGCAUCCCCAUCAACGACAACUACUGCGAGAGGCUGCUGCCCUGGCUGGACAAGUCCAUCGAGUUCAUCGAUAAGGCCAAGCUGUCCAGCUGCCAAGUCAUUGUCCACUGUCUGGCUGGCAUCUCCCGCUCGGCCACCAUCGCCAUCGCCUACAUCAUGAAGACUAUGAGCAUGUCCUCCGACGACGCCUACAGGUUCGUCAAGGACCGGCGCCCGUCCAUCUCGCCCAACUUCAACUUCCUGGGCCAGCUGCUGGAGUAUGAGCGGAGCCUGAAGCUGCUGGCCGCCCUGCAGGGGGACGCGGCGUCCUGCCCCGGGACGCCCGAGCCGCUCCCGGGCCCGGCGCCUCUGCCGCGGCUGCCUCCACCUACCUCAGAGGGCGCUGCCACGGGGAGCGCCGCGGCCGGCGCGGCCAGGGAGGGCGGCCCGAGCGCCGGCGCGGAGCCCCCCGCGCCGCCCGCGCCCGCCGCCGCGCCGGCCACCAGCGCGCUGCAGCAGGGCCUGCGCGGCCUGCACCUCUCCUCCGACCGCCUCCAGGACACCAACCGCCUCAAGCGCUCCUUCUCGCUGGACAUCAAGUCGGCCUACGCCCCGAGCCGGCGGCCCGACGGCCCCGGGCCCCCCGACCCGGGCGAGGCCCCGAAACUCUGCAAGCUGGACAGCCCGUCCGGGGGCGCGCGCGGCCUGCCCUCUCCGGGCGCCGACAGCCCCGACGCCGCCGCGCCCGAGGCGCGCCCGCGGCCCCGCCGGCGGCCCCGCGCCCCCGCCGGCUCCCCCGCGCGCUCCCCGGCGCACGGCCUGGGCCUGAACUUCGGCGACGCGGCCCGGCAGACUCCGCGGCACGGCCUCUCGGCCCUGUCGGCGCCCGGGCUGCCCGGCCCCGGCCAGCCCGCCGGCCCCGGGGCCUGGGCACCGCCGCUGGACUCCCCGGGCACGCCGUCGCCCGAUGCGCCCUGGUGCUUCAGCCCCGAGGGCGCGCAGGGCGCGGGCGGCGCGCUGCGGGCGCCCUUCGGCCGGGCGGGCGCGCGGGCCGAGGCCCGGGACGCGCGGACCGGCUGGCCGGACGAGCCCACGGCGCCCGACGCGCCGUUCACGCGGCGCAGCUGCCAGAUGGACUUCGAGGACGGCCGGGCCGAGGGCCGCGCGCGCGGCGAGGAGCUGGCGGCGCUGGGCAGGCAAGGCAGCUUCUCGGGCAGCGUGGAGGUCAUCCGCGUGUCCUGACACCGCCGCGGCCGCGGUGCGUGUGUGUCGUGCAGAGCACGGAGGACGGUAGAUGGUUUUACUGCGAUUUUUACCGAGAAGUGAAUAUUUCGAUUUUUAUUUAUUUAAGCUGUCGACUCUGCCCGUGACUUGGCCACGGCGCUGGCGGGCCUCGGAGCUCUAUUUUUACUGUCCGGUAUUUAAACGGAAACUCACGUUUCUAAGCAAUACGAGGCCACCUGCAGUGGCAAGCUGGGGCGCCAGGCCUGGGGCCCCCUCCCCGGGAGGGGAGACACUGCUGAGCUUUGCGAAGGAGCUGCCCAGCUUUCGUGCACUUUUUACAUAAGAAAAAGGGGGAAAAAAGGAAAAAAAAAAGUCUUUGCCACAAACUGAGCCGCAGACCCACCCUCCUCUCUCCUCCCCUCCCCCUUCCUUCUCCGGCUCUGCACCCAAGAGGUAGGCUGGGGUGGUAUGCCAGGAGCUGGUGUAUCUGUGGCGGUGGUGCCAGCCCUCUGCCAGCUCAAGGUGCCAAGUCUUGGCACAGAGGGCAACCAUGUGCGCAGCUCCCCAGGGCUGACCCCAGUAGCUGCUGAGGACCACUGGACCCAGGGUGAGGGGCUGCAAAUGGGGGCCUGGCGAUGCUGGCUCCCCAGCGUCCGAUGGGGGUGGGAACGUGCCUGGGCCUGAGCCAGCUGCCCUGGGUGACCCGGAGAGAGGCCGCUCCUUUGCCAGAUUCCACAGGGAGCCGCCUGCUUUUGGGGGAAGCACCCCCCAGAGGAGCUUGGCCCUGGGUGGGGGUGUUGGGCGGGAGGCUCAGGACCCCACUGGUGGGGGGGGGAGGGGUCUGCGCCCAGGUGUGAGGCCAGGGUGGCUUUAGGGGCUCCCGCCAGCCGGCCCCAGACUGGGGCCCCAGGCUGUGCACCUGCAGGUCCAGGAGGCCUCCCGGAGCAGGUGCUGCCUUGCACCUGCCAGACCCUUCCGCUCCGAGCAGGCCGGGCCCUGAGCUCCAGGCGGAGGGAGACUGGGCUCUGCCCUGCCCCCAAGGGGACCUCAGGGGAGGGGCCCCCUGCCCUGGGGUGGCUGCUCUCCUGGCAGCUUCAAGGUGAUGUGCCAGCCCCCACCUCCAGGUGGCGUUGGGCCCAGGUGGGCCAACCUGGGGUGAGGGUGGGGGGAGAAGCCCCAGCUGCCCCCACACACCCUCUGGGCCACUGGACCCCAAGGCUCUGGGGACAGGAGGAGCUGCGCCCAGCCCUCAGGGGCCUUGAAGCUGGCAAGGGAGGAGGGAGUGGCCGCCUUGGGAAGGGCCAGGGGCUGGGCGGGAGGUCGGCCCAGCAGGCGGGAGGCCCCUCUGCCGCCCGGCUGUGUCUUCUUUCUCUGUUGUUCUUUUGACCCCAGCCUCGUGUCCCUGUCCACACGGAGUGCUGUUCCUGCCCCACCGUCCCCACAGCCCCGACCCCCCCCCCCAGGAGAUAAGCUAUCAUUGUUGUAUUUGCAAUCUCUUAGAGGUUUGAGUAUUUAUUACUAUGGGUUAAUUAUUAUGAUUAUUGCGUCUGUGGCCCCGCCUCCUGUACGUCUGUCCCUGUUGGGUUUCCCAGGUCACCCUGGGUGUGGAGGAUGCACUGGCUCUCGCCUCCUCGCCCCCCCCCACCCCCUCCCCAUGCUGUCCGGGAGACAGCUGUCUGGGGCCACUGGUUGGGCCCUGAAACCCUGGAGGGGGGUCCCACAGCCCUACCUCCCCCCUCCCUCCCCUUCCUCCAGGGCGUGGCGCCGUCCUGCUGUGGGGGGCCUGGUGACCUCUGCUCUCACUACUGCAGGCCCAGACCCAAAGUGAGCAACGGAGGCGGGGGACGGCUCGGGUGCUGCCUCCUCCCCUUUGCCGGGGAGACAGGGCCCCCCACAACAGUCACUUCCUGGCCAGCACUUGGGGUCUGGAGGGGCCACUGCCCAGUUCUCCCCCAGCCUGCAGCCCACUGCCCGUCCCCUGCCCCGCUGCCGGGCACAGAGACUGCCCCAGAAUGGACCAGGCCCCUCAUGUUAUUUGCUGGAAAGUCCAGUGGAGGAGAGGUGGCCGGUCCCCCCACCCACGGCUCCCAGUCGCUGUGGACUGGGCUGCCAGCCCCCUCCCCCAUGAGCCCCCCCCCCCCACGCACCGCACUCCCACUCCUCUUUUGUAUUUGGAGAUAAUGUGUUGUAAUAAAUCCCGCGACCCAGGUUUUC